AUGUUAAAUAUCGGUGAUAGCGUGCAAAUCCCGGGUUGCUCUACAAAGAAGCGCCUGUUGGAAACAUCCAGUGGAUGUGAUUCUUUUGAUACUCUUCUCGGUGGAGCUCUUGUCAAUUCAAGUAUUGUUCUUAUAGAUGAAUAUCGCUCCAGAUGUUAUGGAUCCUAUCUCGUUCGCUCAUUUCUAGCAGAGGGUAUUCAUAAUAGUCAUCGUUGUUUCGUCGCUGACCCAGUAGAAGAUGUGAAGGAUAGUCUACUUAAAGUGAUACCAACGAGAAAAACGAAUGACGAACAUAAGAAAGAAGUUCCAAACGCCCCGAAUCCUGGCGGAGAGAUUGAUAUGAAAAUUGCUUGGAGAUACGGAAACGUGAAGCAAGUUUCCUCUGCAAUUGGAGCGUCAGGAAACGAUAAUCAAUAUGAUUUCUCGAAACACGUCGAAAAUCCGAACGUUGAGGUUUACAAUGAAGAAGUCAGUUCGCUGAGCGGUUUGUACAAAAAGCUUUGUGAAGUUGUUCGGGAAGAGGAAUUGCACACAAAAUCUAGCGGAAGAGGUGGUCCGAAGAAGAAUCUUCUGAGAGUCGUUCUCAAAAACAUCGAUAUGGAAAUUUGGGAGGACUACAAAUUUCUUGGCCGAUUUCUUGCUUGUCUUCGUUCCCUUGCUCGUUCCAGCUACAUGAUCGUCUACAUAACUGCUAACUCUUAUCGAGUACCAAAUGAUACUUGGAGAAUUUUGGAAUCUUGUGCUGAUACACAAAUUCAAUUGAUGCUGUUCAACGAGAAUGAAAAGAAAAUGUUCAGACAUCUUGGAACCGCUCAUGGUUAUUUCUAUCUGAAAAACCUCCCUCGUUUAAUGUCGGUCGGAACUCACACCCCACCAAUCUUGGAUCUUAUUUUCGAAGCAAGUUCUAGAAAAGGAUUCCAGAUUCGAGUCAUGCAUCUCCCACCUGCAUUUGAGGAACCUGCUCCUGGGCAGCAAAAUAGUUCUUCUUGUCAAAACAUUGAUUUCUGA